GCACGUGUUUCGGGGUGGCAGAGGGCGAAGGCAGCGGCUCCGAGGCUGGUUCGCCUUGCUUCGAUGCAGGAGAGGGCAAAUCGGAUCCUAUCCGGAGCAAGGACAUUCGGUUUCGCUCCGGCCUCUUCCUUCCGAUUCCCCGCCCGGAUGGACUCAGGGAUCAGCCCCUCUUGAUCCGGAGUGGGCUGGGAGCGGGCGAGAGGAAGGCGCCGGGGCCGCUUUGUUUCAGCCGCAGCCUGCUGGGGACCUUGACUCGGCAGGAGGGCCCUCGGAUGAUCUCCCGACGCUGCCGCCCAGCCCGCCAGAGGCGGCCGGAAUCUUGCCCGCUGUAGCGUGGGUUGGUCGGCUUCCCUCCCCGCGGACGUGCCCAGUGCCGGAGCUGACCCAACCUCAGGCGCCUCUUCCUCCUCCUCCUCCUCCCGCCGCCCCGAGGCAAAGUCCAUGCUCGCAGCAGCCCUCCAGACGAGGGGGACGCCGCCGCCGCCCCGGGCUCGACUAUGCGAGUGACACCUGGCCGGAGCCGCGAUGAAGGAGAAAUCCAAAAACGCCGCCAAGACGCGAAGGGAGAAGGAGAAUGGAGAGUUUUACGAGCUGGCCAAGCUGCUGCCCCUGCCCUCGGCCAUCACCUCCCAGCUGGACAAGGCGUCCAUCAUCCGCCUCACCACCAGCUACCUGAAAAUGCGGGCCGUCUUCCCAGAAGGUUUGGGAGAUGCCUGGGGGCAGCCAAGCAGAUUAGGCCCCUUGGAUAAUGUUGCGAAGGAGCUGGGAUCACAUUUACUUCAGACUCUGGAUGGGUUUGUUUUUGUGGUAGCAUCUGAUGGCAAAAUAAUGUAUAUCUCAGAAACAGCUUCUGUUCAUCUAGGUUUAUCGCAGGUGGAACUCACUGGCAACAGCAUUUAUGAGUAUAUCCAUCCAUCAGACCAUGAUGAAAUGACUGCAGUCCUAACAGCUCACCAGCCUCUUCAUCCUCAUCUCUUACAAGAGUAUGAAAUAGAGAGAUCUUUUUUCCUGCGAAUGAAGUGUGUUUUGGCCAAGCGAAAUGCAGGACUAACAUGUAGUGGCUAUAAGGUGAUCCACUGCAGUGGUUAUUUGAAGAUACGGCAGUACAUGUUGGAUAUGUCUUUGUAUGACACCUGUUACCAGAUUGUAGGUCUGGUUGCUGUAGGUCAGUCACUACCUCCUAGUGCAACCACUGAGAUCAAACUUCACAGUAAUAUGUUUAUGUUCAGAGCAAGCCUGGACUUAAAACUAAUAUUCCUGGAUUCCAGAGUGACAGAGUUAACUGGAUAUGAGCCACAGGACCUGAUAGAAAAAACUCUGUACCACCAUGUGCAUGGGUGUGACGUAUUUCAUUUAAGAUAUGCUCACCAUCUCUUGUUGGUGAAAGGGCAAGUCACAACCAAGUACUAUCGAUUGCUGUCAAAGAAUGGUGGCUGGGUUUGGAUCCAGAGCUAUGCCACCAUUGUACAUAAUAGUCGAUCAUCACGACCUCACUGCAUAGUGAGUGUGAAUUAUGUACUAACCGAUAUAGAAUACAAGGAACUUCCAUUGUCACUGGACCAGGUCACCAUUUCCAAAUCACAGUUUUCAUGCAGAAAUUCAGUGUCUACCUCACAAGAAGCAAGAAAAGCAACAAAACCUAGAAAUAAUAAAAUGAAGACAAAACUUAGAACAACUCCCUAUCCACCGCAGCAAUACGGCUCCUUCCAGACAGACAAACUGGAAUGUGGCCAUGUUGGAAGCUGGAGAUCCAACUCGACAGCAAAUUCUACCACCAUCCAAGAACAAGCCUUCCAUUCAGAAAACAGCGAACUUUUAUAUACCCCGUCAUACAGCUUACCUUUCCCUUACCAUUAUGGACACUUUCCUGUAGACCCUCAUGUAUUCAGUAGCAAAAAACAAAUGCUGCCUUCUAAACUUGGGCAGUCUCAAGGAACACCUUGCGAAGUAGCUCGAUUUUUCUUAAGUACACUGCAGACAAAUGGAGAGUGCCAGUGGCACUAUGCCAAUUCUCUUGUACCAGGCAGCCAAUCACCAUCUAAAAGUCCUUCUGAUCAGCCAGCCAGCAGUGUACGCCAUAAUCUCUUACAAGGCUAUGAAGUGCCACUGCCAGCUAGAAGAUACAGCCAGGAAGAAGGAACCUCGGACAGCUUUGCAAGCUGUGCCACUCUGACACCAAAUAGACAUAAAGAAGAGAUCUAUGAUUCCAGCAUUAUAAAACAUAACAAAAUGGAAAGCAGAAUAUAUCCCGCACACCAUCAUUUCAUUAAAGAAGAAAAUAAACUAAUUUUCAACAGAGAUAUACAAGAAAAAAUUAACAUUGGUGAAAAGCCUUUUUCAAAUUCCUUUUUGUCAAAAUCAGAAGGUUUCCAAACUAAAUCUAUUGGACAAUUAAGUCACCUUCUCCCUGUUUCAACUGUGUAUGAACAGACAAGAAGAAUCUGUAUGAAAGAGCCUAAGUAUGAACACAUUGCCCUUCAUUCUACAAAUCUAGGUGAGCUGGAAAUAGAUGACAGAAUGACAGUCAAACUUGACCAUAACUCUGAAAGUGAUCACACAGUAGAUAUGAGGCAUCCUGGGCAAGUUCCAUUUGUGCUUCUGAACUAUCACCGGGUUUUAGCCAAACAUGGCACAUUUCAAACCUCUUCAUGUGCUGCCACAGGACAUGUAGCAGAAAAUUAUGGGUAUGGUUCUGAAGAAGUAAACAUGUUUUACAAAAACCAAAGUUCCUCAUCAGCCUCUUCCCCUGAGACUCACAAGGAGCCAGCACUUCCCCAUUAUAUUGGAACUUCUGUAAUAAUCACCAAUGGAAGGUGACAGUAACAGAAAUCUGUGUUUUAACUAAAGAAAUAAAGCAAACAAAUGGUUUCCAAAAAGCAUGAGUACAUGGUUGCACAUGGCGCACAUGGUUUAAGGUCAGGUUAGACACAUAAGUGCAUGCAUUCUUGGUAAACCAUGUGAACCUAAUAUUAUGGUCUGGAAGACAUGCAUUUAACUUGAGUGCUUCAUUGCUACCAAUUAAUGUCUGCAGCUGAGUCUGCCAGUAAGAAGCCAUGCAAUCGAUCGUAUUUGUGUUAUUUUUCUAGUGUACAACUUAAAUUAUAGGAAUUCAUAUACUGAUAAAAAGAUUGGCUUUUUUCCUUAAACAAUAUAUUUCCAUAAUUCUAAUAUCUGGAUAUAAUGAGUAUUUGAAUACAGUAUUUGAUCAUAAGAAAAAUGAAUAGUCUGGCAAGAGACAGUAAUUCUCACAACUAUUUGGGUACUCUGUUAAAAUGACUUGAAGUGUAUUACCAUAUGAACAUGAGCUUUGUUUUUAAAUCCUUGAAACCAAACUAUUAAUAGUAAUUCCUCCUCCUGAAAUGUAUUACCAAGGCAGUCAGCGAUUGGCAACAGCAUCACUACUAUGCAUCUUCAAACAAUUAAAAUUGAUUAGCCCAGUAAACUUGGAAGUAUCUGCUAAAGAGCUGGUGGCUUCUCACAAUGACAAGACUCCUUUAAAUACAUUUAUUCAAAAUUAAUAGAAAAGGGAUUUCCCCCUUUCAAGUACAUCACCAAGACAAAAGACUGUAUCCAAACCUCUUAGACAGUCAAGAAAGUACAGUAUGGGAGAUGUGUUCUCAGUUUGUUCUGCUGGUAAGAUCUGAAUGAAUCUUUUUUCAAUUUCAGUUGUUACUAUUUUCUAGUUAAGAGAUUUAUGUUUUAGCCCCUGAUGUUGAAGCACUGUUAUGAUAAAAGAUACAAUAAAAUGCAUUUAUCAAAAGCACUAAUGAUUAGAUGAGAACUCUCAGGCACUUUUUAAAUUUCAGCAAGCACACAGUGGCUAGAAGGUAGUAGUAAGUCACAACUAGAGUAGGCCCAUUGAAUCAGUGGGGCUUUGGCAAGUUAGCUCCUCCAUUGGUCCAAUAGGCAAACUCUAGUUGUGACUUACUAUUGGAUUUCUACCAUUAUAUUGAUGUUUUUUUCCUGUCAGGUUGAGUUUGGCAGGUAAGAUACCCCAAUACCUGCAAAGAUGUAUUGCUACAGUAUUGCUACUGCUCUGAUCCAUAUCUCUGUGGGUGCUGAGGUACACAUGUAAGUUCCACAUGUGCAGCUGAUUGUAAUAUUGAAGGGGAAAUACUUGUAUACAUGAAAUGCAUGUGGAUGCCUAAGGACUCUUUUGCAGGGAAAGCUAAUGGGGGCUUGUUCUUCUGCCAUAACAUUUCUUAACUCUUGACAGAAGGCUGCCUCACAUGUAAAGAUAUAUAUAUACUGCCAUUAAAAAUGGGAUUGUUGGAGUCAGAUGUAUAAUUUCAAUUUAUUCUCACCAGCAACUUCUCACUGUUGUUUCAAUUGCUGAAACUUUCCCAGCAAAGUGAAGUACCAUUAAAGGUAUGGAGGAAAUCCUGUACUCGACAGCCGACAGCCAUUCUGCCAUAAACUUGCAUAUAUUCAGAACCAAUUUUAAGGUUGUUUCCUUGAGAAAUCCUGUCUAAUGUACCUUUCUUGUGCAAUAUAGAAAAUAAUGUCAUUGA